GCACCAGGAAGUGGAACUGUUAAAAUGUUAGUCAAUACAUCCUUAGGUUUUAAUUGGUAGUCGGAGAGCACGAAAGAUCGAAUCAACUGACGAAACAAGGAAACUCCUGAGGAGAAUCAAGUUCACGUCAUUAGCAACCUUCCUGUGUUCCGUUGAUCACGCAGCCGUUCGGGAUGACAUCCAGAAAAGUCGGGAUCUGCAAGACCGUUCUGGUCGGUGGCGCAUUCCUUGCCAUAUUUGGCUGGCUUGCCGUGAUUAGCGUUCACCUUAUCAAGAACGAUAACAUGAAGGCGACAGAUGUUCCAGGCCUUGGAAGACAGAAGCGACAGUCAGGCGGUUCCAGUUCAUCGUCUAGUCUUGGUGGCGCCACCUACAUCCGGUGGGGUAGAACAACAUGCCCAGCUGACGCUAAGCUUGUAUACGCUGGCUAUGCCGGGGGUCAACACUACACGCAAACCGGUGGUGGUGCUGGCUACGUCUGUCUGACUGACAAACCCAAAUAUGCCGAUUACACAGCCGCUGCAGAUGCUACUGCAUAUAUUUACGGAGUGGAACUUGAACUGAUUGGAACCACUGGGGGUAUAUUCAACACAGUAAACGCUAAACCAAACGCCUUGCAGGACUCGGACGUAAAGUGCGCAGUUUGUCAAAGUACAAGACCGGCUAAGAUCAUGAUACCUGGCACGAAAGAAUGUGUUCCCGGCUGGACCAUGGAGUACUGGGGAUAUCUGAUGACUGAGCACUACGGCAACAAGGGAAGGACAGAAUUUGCAUGCGUGGACAACGCCCCUGAAUCUGGUAGCGAUGGUGGCGCCAAGAAUGAGGGUGGCGCAUUGAUGCACCAUGUUCAAGGUGCAUGCAGUUCACUGCCGUGUAAGCCGUAUGUGCACAAUUAUGAACUAACAUGCGUCGUUUGCACGAAAUAGUGUCACACUGGUUUUGGUGAAUGAGGUUUUACCCAAAAGUUGAGCGGAUAUGCCGGUGCGGAAGUAGAAAAUAAAGCGUGUACGGCCCUUUUGUGAUCUGACGGAUGAUGGUAUGGUUCUAUCGAGGCCAAGAGUGUCAAUAGCUUUAGCUUAAAGCAAAUAAUAGAACUAAUUGAUCACCGGAUACGACAUACCAAGGAUACUUCAAAAUUGUACACCGGUUAGGAAUCAUAUCGAAAAACAUAUAAGAACGUUCUUUCUUUGAACCCUUUUUUAAGCCGGGGGGGGGGUCAGUGCAACGAAUUUAAAGGUUGGAACCUAUUUUGGGACUUUAUAGGCGGAACUUACAAAUGUUUGAUGAAUGACAUAAUACAGUUUUGCAAACUGUCCUUUAUUAUAUGUCCUUCGGUCCUUGUUGCUAUGAUGUACAUAACAACACAGAUAUAUACUCCAGUUUCGCUGACCUAAGGCCGGUUCAGAGCCAUGAACAUUUUCUUUGUGACCAUUCGAUGCCAUUCAAAAUGUUAAUUUAAACAACACUUUCACAACACACAAUUUAGACAACACUUGAAGUCGUCCGAUGCUCAUGACGUCAUGUUCCUACUCAGCCUUUAUUUCCAUUUCAUGAUUAUAAAAAUUGACCAACGGUUCUUAUAUCGGUGAAGUCAAAAUAAAGGUGCUUGGAUAGAAGAAAUAAUUGCAAAAAUUACCUGGCCAAUUACACACUUUAGUGUAUUAUAUUACAUAAGUAUGAUCUGUCCUUCAUUGUAAAGAAUCAAAAAAGACUGAAUGCAUUGUUAACCAUAUCAACUGUAGUAUACCGUCCGCAAUGUUUUCUCCAUUUUUUCACAGACAUUGUCACUUAGAAAAAUAAAGAUUUACUACGAUA